AUGGCAAACAGAGAAAGGAAAAAUCAGACUGAUGUUUCUGAAUUCAUACUCUUGGGACUUGGAGAUCUUCCCCACAUGGAUAUUCUUUUCUUCUUAUGCUUCUUGAUAUUCUACUUGAUAACCAUGGCUGGGAACCUUCUGAUUGUUUUUUUGGUGAUGGCCAUCCAACAUCUUCACAGACCCAUGUACUUCUUCCUAAGCAACCUGUCUUUCCUGGAAUCCUGUUAUAGCUCAACUAUUCUGCCCAAAAUGUUGGCAGGAUUCUUGACCAGAGAAAGAACUAUAUCUAUAGAAGCCUGCUUCAUACAAAUUUUUUUCUUUUCUUUCUUGGGUGGGUCUGAAUGCUACCUCUUGUCUGUAAUGUCAUAUGACAGAUAUUUAGCUAUAUGCAAGCCAUUGCAUUAUGCCACUGUCAUGAAACAUCACUUAUGCUUACAACUGGCAGCUGGAUCUUGGUUAAAUGGAUUCUUGGUUGGCAUAAGCAUAACAAUCAAGACAUCCCAGUUAUCUUUCUGUGGUCCCAACAUCAUUGAUCAUUACUUCUGUGAUAUUAUUCCUAACAUAAAACAAAUUUCAUGUAGUGAUACACACUCAGUGGAAUUAUCAGCAUUUGCAUUUGCCUGCAUUUUUACUCUGCCUCCCUUUCUCCUGACCUUGAUCUCCUACAUUCUCAUUCUCAUUUCUAUUCUCAGGAUCCCAUCUAUCACUGGGAGACAAAAGGCCUUCUCUACCUGCUCAUCUCACCUCAUUGUAGUGGCCCUGUUCUAUGGCACAUUAAUGAUUGUCUAUAUGCUCCCACCAUCCAAAGAUCUCAGAAGUCUGAAGAAAAUAUUUUCCUUGUUUUACACUGUCUUGACUCCCAUGGUCAAUCCUCUGAUAUACAGUUUGAGAAAUAAAGAGGUAAAGAAGGCAUUGCAAAGAGCUACCAGGAAUUUAAUCAUCUUCACAACUUUCUCUAAAACAUAA